AUUCAAUUCUCCGUGCAGUUAAUUUAAUUACAUAAGAAUCCCUCGGACCUUAUUUUAUGAAAACCCAAGGUUGGGUUGCUCUAUUUAUAGAUCUUGCUGUCUUGCCUUACAGGGCACUGGUAUUCCCAUCUACAGACUGAAGUCAUCGAUCGAUUGUUUAAUCAAUCAAUCAAUCCAUGUUCCCCUUCUCAGCGACAUAACAUCAUCGCUUCUCCCCCUUCUCCUCCGUUUCGACCUCGCUCAAAAUUAGAAUCCCAUCACAACAAUUUACUUGUGACGAAGUGAUUGUGUACCUGGCCUUAUCGCGCAGUCAUGGCGGCCAUGGAGGAGUUGGAGAUCCACAGCAAGUCUUACUUUGUUCGUUGGGUCAAUGUCAAACCCGGUCAUACUAUCUCCUGGAGCAUUCAGCCGCAUAAGAAGUCUCUCAACUUCGGCAUCUUCAAGCAUCCCGGCCAUUCAGCCAUCCUGGGAUCGAGCAAUUUGCCACCUGCCGACUCGCAAAGCACUGACUCGAAUGAAAAUCUACCAGCCACUGCUUUGAAUGCGAGCUCUCGUCAGAAUGCUUCUACGCCCAUCGUUGAGCGGCUAAUUGGCAUUGGACUAAAGCAGAUUCAUUGGAUCGGCAAAUGCGAGGCAGACAAGAUUGUGAAGGGCACCUACGAUGUACCUGCUAAUGAGGGUGGGAAUUACGCGCUCGUCUUUGACAAUACCUUUUCUAAACAGAUCUCCAAGACUGUGACCCUUGUACUACUCACCUAUCCAACAGCCUUGUCCCCGCAGUCGGCACCAGUACCCCAUGCUGCACUCCUCCCGGCUCGUGGAACCGAUUCCUCUGAAUCUGGAAAGCCGCUGGCUUCGCGAAGACGCGGAAAUAGCUCUGCGAAGGCCCUACCGCCAUCUAUCAACACCGACUCAGCCUCCGUCCACACCGGCAUCCUGCAGAAGCGGCGGAGAAAGCGCCAUCAGGGCUGGGCAAGACGAUUCUUCUCCUUGGAUUUUACAUCAUCCACACUGUCCUACUACCACGAUCCGAACUCGUCCGCCCUACGUGGCUCCAUUCCCUUAAACUUAGCAGCCGUCGCGUGCAACGAGAAUUCGCGUGAGAUUUCAAUUGACUCAGGCACCGAAGUUUGGCAUCUCCGAGCCAGCAAUGAUCAAGAAUUCAUUUUGUGGAAGCGGGCUUUGGAAAGGGCAUCUUCCAAAACCCCAGCGGUGGAGGAGAGCUAUCCUGAGCCCCUGUUACGCGUACCGUCGCAGCGUAUCCUCACUAACGCUGCGGAAGAGCGGGAAUGGACGCAGGUUGAAAGCCUCGUGAGCAAGAUAUCCGGCUCCAGGGCUGCUGUUCGCCGAUUGGCCAAAGACACAGAUCCGAAGUAUUUGGGUUAUGGUGCUUCGGAGCGGCCGAGCGGCCGCUCUCCGAGUCCGCGUCCUGAGGCAAAUGGUGACGAGUCCAUAGAAGCGCGCGAAAAACGUCAUUUCUGGAAACGGAAAGCCAGUGGAAGUUCUCAACUUGGCGGGGUCAAGCGUACGACGAUGACGCCCUCCUCCACACAGCUGGCCGUGCCAACGCCCCCCUCAGGAGACACUGCUUCGCUUGCCGGUGACCGUAAAUCAAGCAGUGUCACCAGCCACCCAGAUCAGAUGGAAGAAAUACAUGACCAAAUUAUGGCUGUGCUACGCGAUUUGGACGAUUCUGUCACUGAGUUCUCGACUCUGAUUGCGGAAAGUAAACAGCGACGACACCCACCGGGUCUGACGACCCAGUCACGACUCAGCAUGGAAUCGGACAUGUCCCAGGAAUUUUUCGAUGCUGUGGACGGGGGCAGUGCGUCCCCGUUGUUGAAAAUUAAGGGUGACAGUGACGAUGAAGGGGCAGCUGACUUCGCCGAUGCCGCCGCCCGGCAAGCAGAAGAUAAAGUUGUAGCGGACGAUGCGCCGUCGGACAGUGAGGACGAUGUCUCUGAGGCUCCUACACCUCACGGUGAUCGAUACGCCCCGCUGUUUCCUGCGAAACCCAAAUCACUCACUCCUCUACCGCUUAGCAAAGUUCCUCGUCGUUCGAACAUACCAGCUCCGACAGUCAUGCCCCCUAGUUUGAUCGGGUUCCUCCGCAAGAAUGUCGGAAAAGACCUAUCCCAGAUCUCGAUGCCGGUGUCAUCUAAUGAACCGUUCUCGUUGUUACAACGUGCAGCCGAGGUUAUGGAGUAUUCUAUGCUUUUAGACCAGGCCGCCAGCGCUUCGGAUUCCAUUGAACGGCUUAUGUAUGUGACUGUCUUCGCACUCUCGUCACUGUCUUGCAACCGAGUGAAGGAGCGGUCCAUCCGGAAGCCGUUCAAUCCCAUGCUGGGAGAAACAUACGAGCUUGUACGCGAAGACCUUGGGUAUCGAUUCAUUGCAGAGAAGGUCUCCCACAGACCCGUACAAUUAGCUUACCAAGCAGACGGUAAGGAUUGGAGUAUUGCACAGUCACCGAUGCCAACGCAGAAGUUUUGGGGAAAGUCCGCAGAGAUUGUGACCGAAGGAAAGAUGAGAUUAACGCUACACACGACGGGUGAGCAUUUUAGCUGGUCCAAUGCCACGUCCUUCUUGCGCAACAUCAUCGCUGGUGAGAAAUACUCUGAGCCUGUUGGCGAAAUGUCUAUUGUGAAUGAAACGACGGGCCAAAAAACCGUGUCAACCUUCAAAGCAGGGGGCAUGUUCUCCGGCCGCAGCGAGGAGGUCACCACGAAAGCGGUAGACACUAACGGUCGUGAACUAGCUCUGGGGCUGACGGGUACCUGGACUACCUCGCUCCAGAUGACCAACAAUGGCUCUCCCACAAGAACUGUGUGGAAUGCCGGACCGUUAGUGCCCAACGCACCCAAACACUACGGCCUCACAGCGUUUGCGGCCACUCUGAAUGAGAUCACCCCAAUCGAAGACCACAAGCUUCCCCAGACGGACUCUCGUCUCCGUCCCGACCAACGGGCCUUGGAAGACGGUGACGUUGACCGGGCAGAGGAAGUCAAGGUCAAGCUAGAAGAAGCUCAACGUGCUCGCCGCCGCGAGCUGGAAUCUGCCGGCCAAACGUGGAAUCCUAGGUGGUUUACUCGAGUGGACGAUGACGCCACCGGAAAUGAAGGCGAGGUAAUGUGGCGUUUGAGAUCGGGUAAAGAGGGAUAUUGGGAAGAGCGGUCGAAAGGGACCUGGACCGGCGUGAUACCUGUGUUUGAGCCGUGAAGCGGUUCUUUUGUGCAUUAGAAUCGAUGCGUAUGUAUGUUUGCUUAGUAUAUAACUAAGUCGCUAUGAUCCGUUUAGAAUUCUGGCGGUUCACAAUUUUUCUUGGCUGUGGAUGGCCAUUCAAUGGCCUUUCAGCAUGAUAAUUCCCUCCAUAAGAACGACUUAUCAAGCAUAUCCUAC